UCCUUUCCUGAGCCCACUACACUACCAACAUGGCGUCCGCGUCCGUAUCCCGAAGAGAGCUCAAGACGGUAGUUUCUAAUGUUAUAGCUGAAUCCAGCAAGCAAAAUAUCAAGAGCCUUAAAGAUUCACAGUUCGAUGCGCUUUACUCCUUUUUGAAUUCUGAAGACACUUUCGCGUGUCUACCAACUGGUUACGGUAAAAGUCUAAUUUAUCAGAUGGCGGUGAUGGUUGCGAGAAGUGCGAAAAUCAGUGGUCUUCCGACAAAACCAUUUGUUGUCGUUAUAUCGCCACUAAAUGCACUGAUACAAGAUCAGAUCGACUCGUGCCGAUCGCUUGGCUUAAUUGCUGCCAAGUUUGAGCUCGAUCUGUGCAAAGAAGAAAAUUCCAAGACAGUGGACGAAACAGAAGUGGUGUUUUGUAGCCCUGAAAUGCUCGAGCCUCUCGAAGCCAAGCGACUUCUCUCCAAGUUGGAUCAUCGCCUUCUCGGCAUCGUAGUAGACGAAUCACACUGUGUCACAAGUUGGGGUCUUACAGUCACGCCAUUUCGAGCUGCAUAUGGGAAGAUUGGCGAUCUUCGUGGCUUUACUAAAAAGCCUAUCAUGUGCUUAACAGCAACAGCCGGAAAAACAGUGAGGAAUAAAAUUAUCAAAAAUUUGCAUAUGCAGAAUGCAAGAGUAAUCAACCUCGCACCUGACAAGAAAAAUAUUAAGCUCAAUAUCAAGAAAGUUGGAAGGGACGUUGAGCUUGAGAACAUUUUCACUACCAUUAUAAAAAAAUUAUCUAAUGGAGGACAAGUGGAAAAGACAAUUAUUUAUUGCAAAUCCAUUAAUGCUUGUGGGGACAUUUACGAAGUUCUUUCUGAAAAUGUUGAAAGCAAAGAAACCUAUGCCAUGUUCCACAGCAAAACCCCAGACUCUAUACAAAAAGAAGUGCUGGGAGAAUUUAUCAAGUCCAACAGCAAAAUACGUGUGGUUGUGGCAACAUGUGCCUUAGGCAUGGGAGUAGACAUUCCAGAUGUGGAUCAUAUUAUUCAUUUUGGAAUACCAUCUGAAGUAGAGCAUUAUGUGCAAGAGAUUGGAAGAGGUGGUAGGGAUGGAAGAUUAUGCUAUGCAACCUUGUACUACAAGCCCUACCACCUUGCCCAUUGUGAUAGUGGCAUGCGCAACUAUGUCAAAGGUGAGCAGUGCAGGCGUGAGGUGCUGGCAAAACAUUUCAAGGAAAAGAUAAAAGGUGUACAGCCAUUGCACAAUUGCUGUGAUAACUGCAUGCAGUUAUGUAAAUGUGGUGGAGAUGAGUGUGAGUUUUCUGAACAAGAAGAGGAAAAUGUGGUUGAAAUGCACCAGGGAGGACACACUACACGUGCUGUGAUGGAUAACGAGAGAGAACUGUUCAUUGAGGUAAUUACAGACAUUGAUAAGAGUGGGAACUAUGAGACAUUAGGUAAAGAGCUCAUAAGUAAGAUUGCUGCUAGGCUGGAGUACAUUUUUUUUGCUGACUACUUGCUUGAGCAUUUUCCAAUAAUUAACACAAACUUAGCAAAUGAUAUUAUUCUAGUAGUAAAUGAUAUUUUUAAUGACAUUGAUACUGCCAUAAGCUUUCUCAGUAUGAACUUAGAUGAUUUAGAUGAUCCAUACUUCCUUGACGCUGCCUAUUUAAGUGAUGUUUCAAGUAAUUCAGAUGAUGCCAUUUCCAUAGAUUGAUUUUAAUAGUAAUUUCAACUGUAAAGAAACCACACUAUACACAAACACUUAUUCAAUAUGAGGGUUUCAAUUACUUUUGCAUUUGCUAAUCCCGAUUUUACUUUUUUUGACAAAACUGUUGCCUCAAAAGAACAUCCUGUACACAAUAAUAUACAUAAAGCAUUGAUGGGUGGGGAUUUCUCUAUAUGCUCUAAGUUACGUAAUAGCUACCCUUUGUAAAUUUGAUAAUGUAAUAUAAUACUAAAACAGUUUUUUUUAUAAUUCAAUUCUUUUACUGUACUCUUUUACUCUGCACUGGUAGUUUUAUACAGCAUGUAUAUUACUCAUUUAUACAUAGAAAUGUAAGUACAAUUUAUUUUCCCAAGCCAGCUUCUUUUCUCCAUAUGGUGAAGCAUGAUCAAGCUGAAGUGAAAUCUUUCUUCAACUAGAACUAGGAGAAAAUUUCAUAAUAUUAAAACCUUAUGUACACCUUAUAUGCAAUUUGAAGGGUAUGGGUACAGUAAAAACCCACAUGUAAAAACCUACUGAUUUAAGAACCUAUAACCAGAAAUUAAGAAGUAGAAUGUAGAUUGUCUCCUGUUUUGCCAGUCUUGAAAUAAUCUAUGUUCUUACCUGCUGAUUUUUACUUUAAAUAUUAAAUUUGGCUACGGGCCUGCAACA